AUGGACAUGAACGUUGUAGAAGAUUGGAUUCUCUAUAUCCAGAACAACCCCAUUGUGCAAUCACCCAAUACCAUCCCCAAAGAUGAAGUCACCAAAGAAGAACAAGAUACCUACCCCCCAAUCACUCCCCUCCCAUCCCUCAACUGGGAAACCACCGAACCAACCAAGUACCGACCCUUCAAGCCAAAGUACCACCUCAGCAUGGCCCUAACAACAACCGACAUCUCCCACCUCAUCCCCAUGGACAAAACCUACAAAGAGCGUCUCACUCUCCGCCAAUCCCUCCUCACCCAAUACCCCACCAUCGUAGUAGGCGUCACCCCAGCAGGCCAAAAGCCAGAUAGUCCCGUCCACGCCGCCAUCACCGAACUAUACGAGUUUAUAGUCGGCGUUUACCUUCCCACUCGCUACCCGAGCAUGUUUACACUUGAAACGACCACCCAUCCACAAUCCCAAGAUGACAACACCAACACCAAUAAUAAAGAGAGUACUAAUAAAACCCUAUUAAACAAAAUAACCAACACCCGCAUCCCCCUCCCCCACCGCGGCUCUGGACGUGACGUCCUCUCUACACUAGGUACAUUCGUCGACGAGGAUUUUCUCGUUUUACUUCCUGAAUCAUCAUCAUCCUCAUAUCCAACAGAAAAAGAAGAAGAACAAGAGAAGAAAUACACCCUAGAAGCAUACACGACCUUCUACCCCGCCGGCUUCGACACGCGCGAGAAACUCGGAAAGCGGCUCUCGACGAUCCAUGACCCCGUGCCGCGUUAUAAAGAGCGGUUGGAGAAGAGUAUGGAUCGGUUUUUUGCCAAAUUGGAGGUGGGUAAGGUUGUGCAGCGCGUCAAUUGGAGUAUUAAUACCCCCGGGACGGGGCUGUUUGCUGCGUUUGGGGGGUUGCAUGGGCAUGAGGGGGAGAAAGGGGAGAGGGAGUUGGGGGUUGAGGAGGUGGAUGGGGAGGGGACUCUUCUUCGGUGUGAGCGUCAGACUCUACAUCGGUUACCGAAGACCAAGGCGCUGGUGUUCACGUUCCAUACGUAUACGUACCCUAUUCGGGAGAUCAAGGAGGAAGGGCUAGGUGAGGAAUUGGCGUUGGCGAUUGAUGGGUUGAAAGAGGGGAAUGUGCCAGAGAUUCAUCGGUAUAAGAGGGGUCCUGUGUGGGGGGAGGCGGUUAAGGCGUAUUUGAGGGCAUAG